UCACUUCGGGAUUUAUCGGAUGACUCCGAGGAAAGUGACGGAGUCCUGGAUGUCCGUAACUGGAAAACCCCGCGGCAGCUCGUACAGAUUAAAAGUCCAAACUGCUGCAAAUGGAAGCUGAAAGAGAAGAGCGCGAGUUUACCGGCGGACCGACACCGAGACAGCGACAGCCGCCCUGACAGAUAUGAACCCUGCGAUCGGUGAGAAACUAACUUUUAUUAUCAUGUGAAGGCAGACAGGCCGCUUAAAUCAGCAGAAAGUUGCAUGGGGUUUGGUGGAGGAGCCACUGCUGCGAUCAGAAACGAACUUUAACAGAAUUACAUGAAAAGAGAUGACCUGAGGGCACCCGCACACCGCGCGCACACCGCGCGCACACCUCACUACCUGAAACUCAACAGGUAUGGAAGCAGAGAGAGAAGAAAUGAAAGCUGGACUUUAAGAUCCUCUCUGGUGAAUUCAGAAAGAUUUUAAGGUUACUUUUAUUGUGAAAAUUGUCUUGGACAAAAGGAAAUUGCUGCAUCAAGCAAAACACAACAAUAAAAACAAUAAAAACACAUAAUAUAAGAAUGUAUGCAGACAUAAGCCUGACACAAGUAGGAGACGAAACCAGCUCAGAGAUGUGUCGGGGUUCAAUAUUAGUUUUAUCAUUGUGUUCUAAAUAGUGAUAAUUAUAAUAUAAUGAUAAUACAAAUUAACUAUAACGACAACAACCAUAAUAAUAACAAUAAUAAUAAUAAUGUUUCUCCUGCAGUUUACGCGCUGCUGCACUGCUUCCUGUUUGCAGAUUUAAUCCACUCAGCUCCCAUCAGCUCGCCGUCCGACCUGCUGGCGGCGCUCAGAGAAGGGGCGCUCAGAGAGGCGGCGGAGCGAGUGAAGGCGCUAGUGGAGAAAAUCCUGAGAGACGUCCCCGCCGUGCACGCUGCCACAGUCACAGCCGAGGGUUUGACCCUUGACCCCUCGACCUCGACAACAAACCUGCAGAUGAUGGUGGCAUCACUGGGGAUCCCCCCCGCCCCUGUCCUCAAACCGCCGUCCGAACACUUCUCUCUGGACGUCUGUGUGAGCCGCAUGUCAGCGGGUAGUCAGCUGUACCAGGGCAUGCUGGGAGUUUUAUCUGACAGGCUGAGCGGGCUGAGCGACCUGCGAGCCGACCUCCGAGACCUGCACACGCACAUCCACAAGAUGAAGGAGGCGGCUCAGCUCGGCGCCGGCGAGGCAGAUCAGAACCAGAGUCUGGAACUGGCCUCCCGUCUCCACGGCCACUACGAGGUGCAGGUGGCGGCACACCUGGUGCUGACGCAGCUCCGCUCCUUCUGUCACGACCUGAUCCGCAGCCUGAGAGCUGUCGCCACCUACAAGCCGCCAGCUGCACACUAAGCCCCGCCCACAACCUACAGGCCGCUAAACCCCGCCCGCUACAGGUCGCUAAGCCUCGCCCAGCACCUACAGGCCACCAGCGGGGUUAAAGGCGUCUAAAGGUCGUGACCUCUGCAGGAAUCAGCUGAGUCGGCCUGCAGUGCCUCAUGGGAGAUAUUUUCAGGAGUUUUUUUCCUCGUGAGUUUCCGUACGUCAGAGUUCAGUCAAUAAUUCACUGGAAGUAGUUUAACAACAUGCAGUUCUUCUUCUGGGGCAACAAAAUAUUCCUUGUAAAGUAGAUUUUUUAUAUGAAUGUCUUCAGAUCCAUCAGGACAUGAAGAAACUUUUAAAUGAAGCCGACGACACUGAAAGAAACGUCGAGUUUUACAGAAGAAGAAGACUCUCAGGAAUGAUGAGAUAAAGACGGAGCUGCAGGUCUGAGCCUGUCGCUGAGCUGCUGCUGCUGCACUUUAUCUUCACAGGCAGUUGAUCCACCAGGAAUUCAUCAAAUCUGGACAAAAGACUACAAACGUUUUUCAGUUUUAAAAUAGAAUAAAAAUAAUCUUGAGUUGCAGCUCCAGUCAGAAUUGUUUUUACAGAAAUUAAAAGCUUCUCCAUUGGGAGACUUUUAUUGUGAAGCAUACAGGAAGUGGUCCGAGUGUUAAAGAGAGGAAACAUGUUGUUUCUGUAUAUUAAUAUUAUUAUUUAUAAAUAAUUCUAAAAAAGUAUUAUAUUUGUAUUUAUUUGUUAUUUAUGCUAAAAUAUACAUAUUUUUAAAUUUGUAUGAUU